CAGAGUGCACUGUCAGUUCCAGAGACCAUGAAGAAGAUGGAAAUUAGACGACGCCGAGUACCACGCACCUCCGCCCUCUCUCGACCCCGUCUAUCACCGCUAGCUCCUCAUGUUCUCUUGCCUCCUAUCCUUGCGCCUUUCAGUGAUGCCAGCGGAACCCGUUUGUGGACGUGUGUGCGUUAAGGCGAUCAUGUGGUGUGCGGACGGGAUCCCGGGGGGGGAGGGGGGACGUUUGAGAAAUGGAUUCGUCUGUGCUUAAGCUGAUCUGGAUCUAAAAUAUUUGUCCGAGGUGGAUGGAACGAUAGAUCCCUGCGAUCGAGCCGUCUCCGACAUCUUCCAAGAUGAACAUAUUGGCCUCUGACACGCAAUGCCAACCUCUGUCUGGAUCUGUUGAACUGUCGCAACGUCAACGCUUUUACGGAAUUGUCAUGCUUGCGUACCGCCUCCGAGAUCGAGUGUAUUUCAGCGCGAGCUCAACGUCGACGGUAUCAAAGAAUAUUUUCAUAUCACGGAAAAACGAGGAAUCCACGGCCGAGGUCAAGGUGCAUAGCAUGCUAAGGGUAUGGAAUACUUCAUGGCAAUAGAAUUACAUAUCAUUCCCUCCGGCGUUUACGACUAUUCCCCCCCUGGGUAGGAACAGUCGUCAAAAUACCAUGGCCAACUGCAUGUGCAACAAGGCACAAGCGCUCUCGGUCCUCAUCAAG